GGCCGGGGCGCGGGAGGUGUCGAGAUACAAAGGAGGUGGAGAAGGGCGGAAAGUCUGAAGUUGAGGGAAAAUUCAGCGAGGGGAAAACAGAAGCCAGUGAGGGGAGAAGAAAAAGAGCGGCGAAGGUGUGAGAAAAGGCAGAGGGAGAAGUAGAAGCAUAAAGGGCGAAGAGAAAGAGAAAGGAGAAGAGCCGAACAAGGAGAGGGAGAAUACCCCGGGAGGCGGCAGCGAGGAGGGAAUCGGCCAGGGACAAGUUGAAUCUGUGCAAGGGCAGCUCUGGGCGCAGCAGCAUGUCUCUCUCGGUGCCUCAGAAUGGAGUUCAGGAGGACAAAGACAACCUCGUCGAGCUCUUUGUUAAGGCUGGCAGCGAUGGUGAGAGCAUUGGUAACUGUCCCUUCUCACAAAGACUCUUCAUGAUAUUGUGGCUAAAAGGUGUCGUAUUUAAUGUUACAACGGUUGACUUGAAAAGAAAACCAGCUGAUUUGCAAAAUCUUGCACCAGGAACACACCCGCCAUUUAUAACCUACAAUCAUGAAGUGAAAACUGAUGUGAAUAAGAUAGAAGAGUUCCUGGAAGAAGUGCUUUGUCCUCCAAAAUAUCGCAAGUUAGCAGCAAAGCAUCCAGAGUCCAACACUGCUGGCAUGGACAUAUUUGCCAAAUUUUCAGCCUACAUUAAGAAUUCUCGACCAGACAACAAUGAAGCACUUGAGAGAGGCCUUCUGAAAACCCUGCAGAAGCUCGAUGACUACCUGAAUUCCCCUCUGCCUGAUGAGAUUGAUGAGAACAGCAUGGAUGAUAUCACACAAUCUAACCGCAAGUUCUUGGAUGGAGAGGAAAUGACUUUAGCUGAUUGCAACUUACUGCCUAAACUUCACAUCAUCAAGGUGGUGACCAAAAAAUACCGGGGGUUUGAAAUCCCCAAAUCCAUGACUGGGAUCUGGCGAUACCUGAGCAACGCAUAUAGCAAGGAUGAGUUUACCAACACUUGCCCAGGAGACCGGGAAAUUGAAAUAGCCUAUGCUGAUGUAGCCAAGCGGCUUGCCAAGUGAACUAUAUAUGGAGACCACACUGAGGCCUUAAUUUUUUUAAUAUUUUUUUUUUCACGAACAUUGUUCUUAUCUGGAGACACUUGGAGAAAAAUAAUCUUUUAAAAUGUUUAUUCUGUAUAAUAAUAACUUCAUCCCGUUCCAAAAAAAGAUCUCCCUUGAAAGCAUUUCAUUGAUAAAAAAAAUUUGGCCUGACAAAAUAUUUAUUGAAUAAAAAUAGGUAAUAAUAGUUAUCAGUGCAAAGUGUUAAACCCUUUUAUGUUUGGGGGUAUAUUAAACAGCUCUUAUAGUUAUGGUUCCCCUCUUAUUCCAAAUUAACAUUUAUAAUAAUGGAACCACCUCCUGAAGAGUUACCAACAGUAAAGUGCCAUACAAACCUGAAAAGUGAAGUGAAAAGCAAAAAUUAGCCAACUAACCUUAACUCUGGGGAAUGUAUAAUACUGUUUUUUAGCCACGUAGGGUUUGGAUUUGUGGGGAAAUGUACCCGUCUAUAGCCAGUGGUAGGUACAGACAGGAGUCCAGAAUGGGCCCUGGCAUUUCAAGUACAUAAAGACUAAAACUGCCCCCACAGGCUCAAUAAAUAGUGACUGACAGCAACUUACAGCAGCCCCUGUGACAUUUGCCAGAAUCCACAAAAUGCCAUUCUGGGUAUUGCCAAUGCUCUUUAUAACAAGUGAAAUAUCUGAAGGCUAUAAAGGAGGCAUUCUGGGUGUCAUCUAGUAUGGGAAUGCAUGUUUUGGCUUUGCUUUCAAUUAUCCUUUGGAGGCAGGCCAGGGGUAGAUGCUACACACAAGGUAGCAGUUUUUCAACUGUGGGGCAAGACCCUCUGGGGUGUGGAAUUAGGAGCAGUGUCAGAAAUGGUUUAUCCUUAAGGUCAGUUAGGGUCAGGAUUUAGGAGAAUGACCAUUUAAUCUUAGAUAUAGUUGAAAGCCCAUCUUGAAAGUCAGUUAUGGUAACAUUUGGAGUGAAUGUGUAUUUGCUGAUAUAUAUAUAUAUAUAUAUAUAUAUUGGAAGGAGGUGCUUUUUUUUUAUUUAUGCUGCCUAGUAAUUGAUGUAGGUAUCUGCAACUCCCAGCUAUCCAGCCAUUGCCAAAUUAGAACUACUAGCUGUCAGGAUAUAGUUCAGUAGCAGUUCAUGGAAUGCAGUUUGCAGAUCACUCAUAAUGGGCUGCUCUGUGUCAUUUCAGCAUAAAUGUAUCCCAAAGUCGAAGUAGGCUUUGGAACAGUCUGCGUUACAAUAUAUUCAAAUUAGCAUGGUGCAUGAACCAAUAACUUUUUUUUAAAAUUAAUUUAAUCUGCUGCACUGUGUGAUCAUUGGCCCCACAUAUACCUGUAGCAGUUUAGGCCAGCAGAUCAGCACUGAAGUAUAUUGUCAAUUUGGGAAAACGGCACUCUUGAUCAAGCUUGGUAGAAAUGUGAUAGGUUUUGUUACCAUCACGCCAGAACCGGCAUUGCUUCCUCCUCAUUUAAUAAUAUUGCAAGCAUUUCUUGCCAUCCCUGUUUAAUAGGAUCAGAUAUAAAUCUUACUGAAUUAUAUCUAUACAGCAUGUACAAAAUAUAGUCUAUUAUUUUUGCUAAUUCCUAAAAACAUUUUUCCAACUUUAUUGCUGUAAAACUGAGGCAAUAAUCAUGAAGUUUAACUAUGUUUUUUUUUUAAUGAUUUUCCUCCGUUUUAUGUAAUGUAUAUUAAUUAAAGAAGAUUUAUUUCGGAUUUGUGUGUGAAA